AAGCAGAAGAAGAAGCAAAAGCAAGUAUCAGAGAUAGAAGCUGCAAAAGAUUUGGCACGUCUUCUGACAUUGUACACCAUUGGAACACUGUUUUUCCCAACAACAGGUCCAAACCUGAAUUGGUCCUACCUGAAGCUUGUUGAGGAUUUGGAAAAUAGUGCAAAUUACAAUUGGUCAAUGUUCAUCACCAAUAAUCUUGUUAACGAACUCAACUCCAAGAAUCCGGCGAUUGUUGGUGGUUGCACCACUGCACUCCUGUACUGGCUUUGUGAACAUACCCACAUUAUGGAACCAGCUCAACAAACUUUUCCAAGAUUUAUGAAAUGGAAAAUGAAUGAGCUUGCUGCUAAACUGUUGGAGGCACCACUGAGCAGCCUUCCAGAGGGAAUGGUCAAACAGGAAGAAUUGGAGCUAACUGAACAGGAGAGAGGGUUGUUUGCAGCUCUAGUCUUGCAUGAACAAAAAGGUACACACAAAGAACCCGAAGCCAAAGAGAAAAACCUUACGGACCAAGAGCCUUUAACCCAAGAAGAAAACCCUCAAGAAGAGAACCAGGAUGUUAAGAAUUUGAUUUUAGAGCUUGAACAACGAAUUAAGGUGCUUGAAGAAGAGAACAAUGUCAUGAAAGUUGAAAUUGAAGAUAGGGACAAGAAGAUCCAAGAAAGGGAUCUGUUGAUUGUUGAGUUACGCCAGAAUGUAGAAUCCCUUCAACAUGAGCUUUCAGGUUAUAGAAAACAAAAUGCAGAUUAUACAGAUAUUGAAAAAGAAACUUGUAGUCUGCAUGUUGAGGUGGAGAUGUUGAAGGAAGACAUAAUCGAAAAUGGGGUUGAAAUAGGCGGGUUGUAUGUUGAGAAGGACAUAGCGGAACAAAAAAUUGAAGAGGUGACAGAAGAGUUGCAUGACAUUGCAGCACAUUGUGUUUCCCAACAUUACAAAGAUCAGAAGAUAAUUGAAGAGUUGCAAAAACAAAAAAAUAGCUUGUCUGAACAAAAACAAAGCGAGAAUGUGCACCAUCAUGAAUCUCCAAUUCAUGAUGAAGAAGUGACUGAGGAAGAAAUAGACCAAAUGAUCAAGUCCACAAUCUCAAGCAUUCAAGCAGAACCACAACAAACAACGAAGAAGAGAUUGAGGAAAGGUCAUACUGUGGACCCAUCGUCGUUGACAAAGAGAGUGAGUAAGAGGGAAGAUAAGAAAGAGAAGAACAUGGAGGAUUUUCAAGUCUAUAGGAGGAAGAAAAGCACAGAGAAAUAA